AUGUUCUGGUGUUGGUAGGGACACGUGCUGAAGCUUAAAGGAACUCUAAUGCUCGCAAGCCCUGAUGAAAUAGCAGAGAUACAAAAAAUUAGGUUGAAAAGCUCUGAAAAAAGCAAGAUGACCCGAGACCACAAUGGUUUUCGAAAGCUGCUCAUAGUACUUACUAGAGCGGGUAAACUUUUUGCUUUACACACAGGAGAUGGACAAGUUGUCUGGUCUCGCUUAUUGCAUUCUCUUCGUAAAUCUGAAGGAUGUGACUAUCCCAACGGGCUUAACAUAUAUCAGUGGCAGAUCCCACAUCAUCAUGCGUUGGAUGAGAAUCCAUCUGUUCUUGUAGUUGGCAGAUGUGGAUGUAGUUUGGAUGCCCCUGGUGUCCUUUCAAUUGUUGAUGCAUACACAGGGAAGGAGCUUAAUCGUUUAGGUGCUGUUCAUUCCGUCGUGCAAGUUAUUCCACUGCCUUUUACUGAUUCAACAGAACAGCGCCUUCAUCUACUAAUAGAUGCUGACCAGCAUGCCCAUUUAUACCCCAGAACUCAUGAGGCACUUGGUAUCUUCCAGCGUGAGUUUGCGAACAUAUACUGGUACUCAGUUGAAGCUGAUAAUGGCAUUAUAAGGGGUCAUGUCUUGAAGGACAAUUGUAUUCUUGAGGUAGCAGAUGAAUACUGUUUUAGCACAAGAGAUUUAUGGUCCAUUGUAUUGCCAUCUGAGUCAGAAAAGAUUGUUGCAACUGUGACAAGAAAAUCAAAUGAGGUGGUUCAUACUCAAGCAAAGGUUAUGGCUGAACAUGAUGUGAUGUAUAAAUAUGUAUCGAAAAAUCUGCUUUUUGUGGCUACUGUUGCACCCAAAGCCAUUGGCGGAAUUGGUUUGGUAACCCCAGAGGAGUCAUGGCUGAUUGUAUAUCUUAUUGAUACUGUGACUGGACGUAUUCUGCACCGCAUGACUCAUCAUGGUUCUCAGGGUCCUGUCCAUGCCGUUUUUAGUGAGAAUUGGGUUGUCUACCACCACUUCAAUCUAAAAGCACACAGAUAUGAGAUGUCAGUCAUUGAGAUCUAUGAUCAGUCUCGGGCGGAUAACAAAGACGUCUGGAAACUUGUCCUUGGAAAGCAUAAUCUCACUUCACCUAUUUCUUCAUAUUCUCGUCCUGAGGUUGUAACAAAGUCGCAAUCAUAUUAUUUCACCCAUACUGUGAAAAAUAUUGCAGUAACAUCAACAGCGAAGGGCAUUACUUCCAAGCAGCUUCUUAUCGGCACAAUCGGUGAUCAGGUUCUGGCUCUUGAUAAGCGUUUUCUAGAUCCUCGUCGAACAGUCAAUCCCACUCAAGCUGAGAAAGAGGAAGGAAUUAUACCUCUUACAGAUUCAUUACCAAUCAUCCCACAGUCUUACGUGACACACGCCCUUAAAGUGGAAGGCCUCAGAGGCAUAGUGACAGUCCCUGCAAAGCUAGAGUCAACCACCCUUGUCUUCACAUAUGGAGUGGAUCUCUUCUUUACCCGCCUUGCACCUUCGAGGACCUACGAUUCACUUACAGAGGAUUUCAGCUACGCUCUACUUCUCAUCACAAUCGUCGUUCUCCUUGUCGCAAUCUUUGUAACGUGGAUUUUGUCAGAGAGGAAGGAACUGCAAGAGAAGUGGAGGUGAGUGAAGUCCGCCUUUUGAAGUGUCUUUUGUCCUUUCUAAUUUUUCUCAGUCGCGGUACACCUUAACUUUGUUUUCGAUCAGGAGCUCUGCUACUAACUAGUAAUUUUGCUUAAUUUUUGUAGCAUCAUCUCCUUUUGUGUUAUUUUUAUUAGAUUUUGUUAUGGAAUGUCUAGGUUUUUAGUGCCUUAAUUUUUGUAAAACUCGAAAUUUCAUAGAAAAAGUUUGCAAUGUUCACGAGGUUUGAUUGCAUCCUGGAAAUGGGGUUAUCUUUAGUUUAAA